AUGUCUAACUACGGAGAAGGCGGGUUCCACGCCGACGACCACCAAGACCAAAAUAGUCUGCAACGGGUGUUUAGAGAGAACUGUCUCAAACCAGUCACCAUCAAACAAAUCAACGACUCGGUGCUGGCCAACAACGACAACGAGUUCAGCAUCAACGGCGUCGACAUCGCCCAAGUGGAGUUCGUGGGGGUUAUCCGUCGUGUCGAUGGAGAAAGAGAAUCAUCUAUUGAUUUAACGAUUGAGGACGGCACGGGGCUGCUUGUGUUUAAGAAAUGGACCGAUCUGGCCCAGCCCCACCAGGAGGUGGUCGAGCACUAUAGCGCGAUGGCGGAGAAGUGGGUCCGUGUGUGUGGCUCAAUCAAGAUGUUCCAGGACCGGAAAACCAUCACUAACCCCAGAAUCAAGCUUGUCGCCAACUAUAACCAGGUGACGAACCACUUUUUGCGGGCGAUCGCCGUCUACGCCGACGCCCAGGGGUUGACGGCCAACGGCGGCAGCGGUGGUCAAAAGCUGUUGUUUGUCAGUGAGAACGACGACCUGGCGGGCCCGGGGUCGGGCCAGUUCCGCAACCGGUUGUUGGACUUCCUUAGAGCGAACGCCCCGCUGAUGGCUGAGGGUGUACCUACUCGGUAUAUCGCCGAACUGAUGGGGGUGGCGUUUGACGUGGUGGAAGCGGAAGCAGAAUUGUUGCGUGACGAUGGGAUCUUGUAUAACGGCACCGACGACAACACCUGGAUGCUCGUCGAGCAGUACUAA